AUGACACUUGGGAAUGAGGGUAUUCAUUAUGCUGUUAGACUGUUGACAAUUUCCACUGAUUAUGAUGGAAACGAUUACAGAAGAAGUCUCUUGUCCAUAAUUUAUCAUUUAUUAGAGGCUGCUCGCUUCAAAGUUAUUGAGAGAUUUAUAUGCCAGCACUUUGCCUUGGGGAGGAUACCCAUGGAAAGUCACUUGAAGCUGCUAAACUUUUGGGGGAAGGCGAGCAAAGCAAUCAUAUUGAAUAAUAGAAAUGUAAAGUUCAGUACUGAAGAUGGUGAGGCUGAAGUUGGUCAGGAGUCUCCCAUAAAAAAUUUUGACGACGCCAAGUUAAAACUAGACUUAUUGUUAAACUACUCGAAGAAUGACCCCGCAUUGCCGAGCAUAGAAGGAGUGACUAGGAGAAUCUUCCUCCUUUUGGAAGUGACUCUGCUCACCCGAAAGAGAAAGGAGAAAGCUCGAGGGAAAGAGGUAGGAAGGGGGCGAGCUCUAGCCGGGAGACCCGUGACAGUGUUGGUGAAGGAAGGGGUGGAGGUGUGA